UUUUUUUUUUUUAACAUUUCAAAGGCAGAUUGGGAGCGGUGCCGAGAAAAAUUUCCUUACUAGAUGACAUUUCAUCGCAAUGUCCGAUCGUUUGGGGCAAAUAACCAAGGGCAAGGAUGGGAAAAGCAAGUAUUCGACUCUCAGCCUGUUUGAUAAGUAUAAAGGAAAAUCAGUAGACGCAGUCAGAUCCUCAGUUAUUCCUCGACAUGGCUUACAGAGUCUCGGGAAAGUUGCCACAGCCCGGCGCAUGCCACCACCUGCAAACCUGCCAAGCUUGAAGUCUGAAAACAGAGGAAACGACCCCAACAUCGUGAUAGUUCCCAAGGACGGAACGGGAUGGGCAAACAAGCAGGAUCAGCAAGACCCAAAGAGUUCCAGUGUGACGGGCUCUCCGCCGCCGGAGUCGCUGCCGCAGCCGGGUUUGCAGAGGCCUGUCUCCAGCUUACAGAAGCCGACACAGUCGAGCAGCCAGGAGGUAGGUGCCGCGUGCCCCGCUCCUUCCAGAGGCGAGCCUGGCGGGGGGCCGUGGGACAGGAGCACGGGACAUUGUCGGGGUCCCGUGAGGUGCCUUGAAUCUGCGGCUUUUGGAGAAAGACCCCCAGAUCCAGAACAGAGUUUAAGGGGCUCAAGCCGACUGUUAUCCUUCUCUCCCGAGGAGUUUCCGACGCUGAAAGCAGCUGGAGGGCAGGACAAGGCUGGCAAGGAAAGGGGCGUCUUCGAUCUGUCGUAUGGGCCAGGACCAAGCCUCCGCCCUCAGAAUGUGACAAGCUGGAGGGAGGGCGGUGGGCGAAACAUAAUUUCUGCCACGUCUCUGAGCGCCUCCCCAACUGAGCUGGGCAGCAGGAACUCAAGUGCGGGAGACGGAGCCCCCUCCUCGGCAUGUACCAGCGAUUCUAAGGACCCCUCUCUCCGCCCGGCUCAGCCUGUCCGAAAAGGGGCUUCACAGUUCAUGGGAAAUGUAUACCACCCACCUACAUACCAUGACAUGCUUCCUGCUUUUAUGUGUUCACCGCAGUCAUCAGAGAACCAGGGUACAGUGGAACGAGGAUCUUUUCCCCUUCCCCAGCUCCGUCUUGAACCCCGUGUUCCUUUUAGACAGUUCCAGAUGAAUGACCAAGAUGGAAAAGAAAGCAGGCUGGGAACGACUCGCCCCAUCCGCCCGCUGAGGCAGCUGGUGGGACGGGCGCCGCGGCCCACGAUCAUCAACGCCGAAAACCUGAAGGGCCUGGACGACCUGGACGCAGACGCUGACGAUGGCUGGGCAGGCCUUCAUGAGGAAGUGGACUACUCCGAGAAACUGAAGUUCAGUGAUGAUGAAGAGGAGGAAGAAGUUGGGAAGGAUGGCAGGCCGAAGUGGAGCAGUUGGGACCCCAGACGGCAGCGACAGUUGUCGAUGAGCUCCGCGGACAGUGCCGAUGUCAAGCGUUCCCAAGAGGAAGGAAAGGACUGGGGCGAAGCAGUGGGUGUGACCCGUGUCGUCCGGAAAGUGCCAGAACCUCAGCCACUUUCCAGGAAACUUCACAGCUGGGCGUCUGGCCCUGACUACCAGAAAUCCUCGCUGGGCAGCAUGUUCCGGCAGCAGUCUAUGGAGGAGAAAGAGGACAAGCCACCCCCACGGCAGAAGUUUGUGCAGUCAGAGAUGUCCGAAGCCGUGGAGCGAGCCCGAAAGCGCCGGGAGGAGGAGGAGCGCCGAGCCCGGGAAGAGAGGCUGGCUGCCUGUGCUGCCAAGCUCAAGCAGCUGGACCAGAAGUGCAAGCAGGCUCAGAAGGCGGGAGAGGCCCAGAAGCAGGCAGAGAAGGAAGUGCCCCGAUCUCCAGGCACCGAGAAGCUGCCCCCACAGGAGAAUGGCCCUGCUGUGCGCAAGGGCUCUCCUGAGUUCUCUGCCCAGGGAGCCCCCAACACGUUUUCGGAAGAAGCCCCCUCGGCUCCUCCAGCUGUGGUCCAGAGCGGCAGCAGUGAGGAGGGGGCCAGGGAGGCUGGGUCCCCUGCACAGGAGUUCAGCAAGUACCAGAAGUCACUUCCUCCCAGGUUCCAGCGCCAGCAGCAGCAGGAGCAGCUCUACAAAAUGCAGCACUGGCAGCCCGUGUACCCUCCGCCUUCCCACCCACAGCGCACCUUCUACCCCCACCAUCCCCAGAUGCUGGGCUUCGAUCCCAGGUGGAUGAUGAUGCCUUCCUACAUGGACCCACGAAUCCCGCCCACCCGCGCCCCAGUGGAUUUCUACCCCUCCGCCCUCCACCCCUCAGGAUUGAUGAAGCCAGUGUUGCCCCAAGAUUCCCUCAGUGGGACUGGCUGUCGCUCCGAGGACCAGAACUGUGUGCCCCCACUGCAAGAAAGGAAGGUGGCCGCCCUCGAUCCAGCGCCCGUGUGGAGCCCCGAGGGUUACAUGGCAUUGCAGAGCAAGGGCUACUCGCUUCCCCAGCCAAAAUCGAACGACACUUUGGCCAUGGACGUGCACGUCAGGAAUGAAAGCUCUUACUCUGCCUCCCCCGGAAGGUCAGGGGGCAUAGGUGCCCAGCGCGAUCUCCUUGAGGAGAGAGGGGAGGAGUUCUUGAGUGCUUUUGACAAGAAGGCCCAAGCAGACUUUGACAGCUGUGUCUCUUCUCAAAGAAUAGGCCAGGAGCUUUUGUUUCCACCCCAAGAAAAUAUUCAGGAAGCAGGUGCUCCUGGAGGUCACACCCCAGACCUCAGGUGUUCCCCACUGGAGCCUGACUUUGCCCCAGCCGAGAAAAAGCCGGAAUAUAGCAAUUGGGACGUUAGUCACCCUCCAGAGGCCACCAACACAACCAACGGCAUCGAGAAGGGGGCGCCCCGGGAGGAGCCAUCCUUUAACAUGUCCUCCUGGGAGAAGGAAGGGAGCCCCAACAAAGAGCCGCCCCUGGAGCCCGAGUGGACGCCCGAGCCCAGGGGUCCAGGCGGCCAGCACCCGGAGCAGACUGGCAGGACGCGGAGGUCAGGACCCAUCAAGAAACCCGUCCUGAAAGCCCUCAAGGUAGAGGACAAGGAGAAGGAACUCGAGAAGAUGAAGCAGGAGCUGGGGGAGGAGAGUGCCCGCGUGGCCAAGGAGAAGGGGCCGGUUCGCACGGCAGACAAGGACGAGGACGAAGAGAACGACCCCGCCCUGGCCAAUUCCUCCCCCUCCCCCUUGGAGGACCAGGGCUCCGCCCGCGCUAGUUUGGGCCGCGAGGCCAGCAGGUGCGAAGAGGACGAGAAGCCCGACAGGGCCUGGGAGAGCAGACCCUCCCGGGAGUCCAGCGACACUCCCCCGACAAAGAGGAACAACUGGAUUUUUAUCGAUGAGGAGCAAGCCUUUGGGGGCCGAGGGCAGGCCCGGGGCCGUGGCCGCGGCUUCCGAGAGUUCACCUUCCGCGGGCGGCCUGCGGGUGGCGGCCCCGGCCUCUGCGGUGGGGGGGUGCUCGGGGCGCGGGGCAUCUACGGCGGCGGCCAGAGGAGCGGCCGCGGCCGGGGGCUGCGGGACUUCGGCCAGCCGGAAGACUUCCCUAGGGCCAAGCCGCGGCGGCGAAUCGCCAGCGAGACCCACAGCGAGGGCUCCGAGUAUGAAGAGCUUCCCAAGCGGCGGCGGCAGCGAGGCUCGGAGAACGGGAGCGAAGGCUCGCUCCUGGAGCGGGAGGGCAGCGCCCUGAGGAAGGGUGACUUCAGGGACUCCUGGCGCUCCAACAAGGUGUGCUCCGAGGACCACAGCAGCCUGGAGGCCAAGAGCCGAGGCCCUCGCGCCUUCGGCCGGGCGCUCCCUCCCCGGCUGAGCAGCUGCGGCUACGGGCGGAGAACCUUCGUGUCCAAAGAGGCCGCCCACUGGCAGAGCAAGAGCCCGGGCGCCUCCUGGCAGGAGUACAGCUCCCCGGAUGCGUGUGGGUCCCGGCGACCUGCAGACAGAGACUGUGUCCCCGACGCAUACAGACAUUCUGACUCGUUUGGUGCCAGGGCCUUCGAGGACAGCCGCCUGGAGGACAAGAGGCCCUUCUUCCCCGACGACCACGCGGCUGACCCGGAAGGCACAGAGAACCGGCCCUUCCGGAGAAGGCGCCCCCCACGCCAGGACAAGCCACCGCGUUUCCGGCGCCUCCGGCAGGAGCGGGAGUCCCUGGGCCUGUGGGGGCCCGAGGAGGAGCCCCACCUGCUGGCAGGGCCAUGGCCGGGCCGGCCCAAGCUCUGCCCCGGGGACAAGAGCGGGUCCCCCGAGCUCUCGUACCAGAACUCGUCUGAUCACGCCAACGAGGAGUGGGAGACGGCCUCCGAGAGCAGUGACUUCAGCGAGAGGCGGGAGCGGCGUGAGGGCCCCGGGGCCGAGCCCGACCCCCAGGCGGACGGCAGCCUGCCCGGGGCUGCCGUGGGCGAGAAGAAGGAGCUGGCCAAGAGGAGCUUCUCCAGCCAGAGGCCCCUGGCUGACAGGCAGAGCCGAAAGCUGGAGCCGGGGGGGUUUGGGGAGAAGUCCGUUAGGCCAGGUGGUGGUGACACUUCUCCCCGUUUUGAGAGCCAACAGAAUGGGACGCCUUUGAAAGCCAAAAGGCCCCCCGAUGAGGCUUUGCCUGGAGGUCUUGGUUGCAGCGGUGGGAGCAGCCACUAUGCGCUGGAGCGGGCAGCCCACGCCGCUUCUGACGUCCCCGAAGCCCCCUGUGAGAAGGCAGAGAAGGAGGCCAAGCUGGCUGCUCAGAGGGCGGGUGAACAGGGAGAGACCAUGAAACAGUUUGACCUCAACUACGGAAAUUCCAUCAUUGAAAACUGCGGGUCCAGCCCUGGGGAGGAGAGUGAGGUGGGCCCCAUGGCGGGUGAAGGUUUCAUCGAGGUCCUCACCAAGAAGCAGCGCCGUCUGCUGGAAGAAGAGAGAAGGAAGAAGGAGCAGGCCGUGCAGAUGCCUGUCAAGGGCCGAGGUCUUUCCUCCCGUAUUCCUCCUCGGUUUGCUAAAAAGCAAAACAGCUUGUGCCUGGAGCAGAGCGACGUGACCGUGCCUGGCAGUAGCCUGGGCACCGAGAUUUGGGAGAGCAGCGGCCAGGCCCUCCCCGUUCAGGCCCCGACUAACGACUCCUGGACAAAAGCCGCCACUGCCUUCAACAGCGCCGAGCCUGGCUCUGCCGAGCAGGGUUUUAAGAGCAGCCAGGGGGACAGCGGCGUUGACCUGAGCGCUGAGUCUCGGGAGUCGUCUGCCACCUCCUCCCAGCGCAGCUCCCCGUACGGCGCUCUGAAGCCGGAGGACAUGAACGGGCCUGGCCUGGAGCCCAAGGCUGACGGCCACAAGGAGCAGGCUCAGAAGCAGUCCGAGCCGAAGGAUACAGAACAAGGGUCAGGACAGAGCAAGGAGCACAGACCAGGACCCAUCGGCAAUGAGCGUUCUCUGAAAAACAGAAAGGGCUCGGAGGGGGCCGAGCGGCUGCAGGGGGCCGUUGUCCCGCCUGUUAACGGGGUAGAGAUUCACGUGGACUCCGUGCUGCCGGUGCCGCCCAUUGAGUUUGGAGUCAGUCCAAAAGACUCUGAUUUCAGCCUGCCGCCUGGUUCUGCCUCUGGUCCUUCGGGGAAUCCGGUUGUCAAACUUCAGGAUGCCUUGGCCAGUAACGCGGGCUUAACGCAGAGUAUUCCCAUCCUCCGGCGCGACCAUCACAUCCAGAGGGCCAUCGGCCUCUCCCAAAUGUCCUUCCCUACCGCUGACCUCACCCUGAAGAUGGAGUCCGCGCGCAAGGCUUGGGAAAACUCGCCCAGUUUGCCGGAGCAGAGCUCUCCUGGAGGCGCGGGCUCAGGCAUCCAGCCCCCAUCGUCUGUGGGAGCCUCCAACGGGGUCAACUACAGCUCCUUCGGCGGAGUUUCCAUGCCGCCCAUGCCCGUGGCCUCUGUCGCGCCUUCGGCUUCUCUUCCAGGCAGCCACCUGCCGCCUCUAUACCUGGACGGCCACGUGUUCGCAAGUCAGCCCCGCCUGGUUCCCCAAACCAUACCUCAGCAGCAGAGUUACCAGCAGGCUGCCGCUGCUCAGCAGAUCCCACUCUCCCUUCACACGUCUCUGCAGGCUCCAGCCCAGCUGGGACUGAGGGGCGGGCUCCCCGCCUCCCAGGCUCAGGAGAUCUUCAGCUCCUUACAGCCCUUCAGAUCUCAGGUGUACAUGCAUCCCAGCCUGUCACCGCCCAGCACCAUGAUCCUCUCUGGAGGCACAGCCUUGAAGCCUCCGUACUCGGCGUUCCCAGGCAUGCAGCCCUUAGAGAUGGUGAAGCCCCAGUCUGGCUCCCCCUACCAGCCCAUGAGUGGGAACCAAGCCCUGGUCUACGAGGGCCAGCUGGGUCAGGCUGCAGGCCUGGGCGCCUCCCAGUUGUUGGACUCCCAGCUCCCACAGCUGACGAUGCCGCUGCCUGGCUCCCAGCUCCCCCUGCCGCGGUACGGCUCUGGACAGCAGCCCCUGAUUCUGCCACAGUCCAUCCAGCUGCCGCAGGGGCAGAGCCUCUCUGUCGGGGGGCCCCGAAGAAUCCUUCCACCCGGCUCCCAGCCUUCGGUCCUUAACACCAGCAGAGAGUCCUCUCAGAUGGAGAUGAAGGGCUUCCACUUUGCCGACAGUAAACAGAAUGUUCCUUCAGGAGGCUCCGUGCCAUCACCACAGACUUAUAGGCCUAGCUCUGCUAGCCCCAGUGGGAAGCCCUCUGGAUCAGCAGUUAACAUGGGCUCUGUGCAGGGACACUACGUUCAACAGGCCAAACAACGAGUGGAUGAAAAACCCAGCCUGGGAGCCGUGAAACUGCAGGAGGCCCCCUCGGCCGCCUCCCAGAUGAAGCGAACAGGAGCAAUCAAGCCUCGGGCGGUCAAAGUGGAGGAGAGCAAGGCCUGAAGGUGCUUGGCCACGCCUCGACCCCCCCCACCCCCCCCAGAGGACAGGGCCGCCGCUCCGCCUUGACACAGCCAGACACUCGGACAUCUCGGACAUCUCACCAGAUCCACCGUCCAACCACCUGGCCCGGACUGAGAGACCUCCCUUCCCUUGUCCACUCCCGAAAGCUCCGUUGUCCAACAAGCUUGCCCCCGUGGAUAUGUGGCACUGACCUGCUCGCUUUACUACGAAGCAAACAAGCAAGCAAACGACCCCAUCCCCACGUUGUCCCCGUCUCCUGUCCACAGUGACUGUGGAGUGACUCGAGCCUUUGUGCAGUACAGAUGAUCCCGCCCCUCCCCGUCCCACCCCUCCGCCAGGGCGCUUUCUCUGCAGCGCUUCCCACCUCCACCCCCCCUCCACCCCGCCCCAGGCACAGUGGUUUGGCAGCAGGGCCAUUUUAGUUUGAGGCUUUUUGUUUUAAAAAGCAACUAAAGUUUUUACAAAGGAGAAAGGAAAAGAAAACAAAAACAAGCUAUGUGUGCAUAGCUGAACUUUUCUACGUUCUUCUCCAUCUUCUCCCUCACCCCUCCUCUGUCCCAGUCCCACACUGCCGCCCCCUCUCUCCUGGGCCACUGGGCCAUCCCUGCCAUAUCUUAACACAGGACUCUUGGGCAGACGUCCCCCCCGCACGCUCUCUGUGGGUUAACCGGUGCGGGUGCUCACAGAAAACAUGGAGGCCACGCCGGGGGGCAGCUCCGUGCUCGGGAGCAGUGAGGGGGAGAGGCAGGGGGAGAGGCAGGUGAGGUUGCUGUCACGGUUGGGUUCCAGCCUCUGGCCUGAUGGUCGACUGCUGGAGCUUAGUGGCAUUUUUAGUGUAAUCAUGACAUAGAAUUUCUGUCCUGGACUCUGUUAAAGCCAGUGGACGUGCUGACCACGGGGCAGCUGAGGUAAAUCACGGAGAUACAGAGUCCCUGGUGUUUCCCAGCGCGGCCCGGAUGGUGUGAGCUGACCGCACCACAGGCCCCGUGCAGGCCUCUGCGUCUGGGGCCCUGGCACCUGGGGGCUGCUGUUUGACCCGCACACCCUUCCUUGAAGCCUUCCGUAACGUGCCCUCCUCUCCUCCUGAGCCUGUCUCUUGUCUGGAUCCUCCUGUCCCGCCACCUUCCACACAGCUCGCCCCUGGAAACUGUGAGGCUCCCUCACGUGGGGACGGGCGCAGACGGCUGGCUGCUGGGGUCUGCGGCAGAGGCGUGCGGCCCGGAAGGCUGCUCCCACCGGCAGACCCGGGUGGUUGGGCCAGAGGGGCCUGAGCUGGGCUGUGGGCCGCCUGGGAGAAAAGUGUGUAGCAAUGCCGCUAGCAAAAUCUUUGUGUGAGCCAUUUUAUGCUGGCUUUUUGUUGUUUCUUCUUAAAAUAAGACCUAGAAGGAAAUCAUCCCCGAUUUUGUCAUUCCAAGGAGAGGGGAAGGGAACUGUCCAGUUUUGCACAUGCUCUUCGGGGUAACGAAGCGGCCAGCCACGUUCCUAAACGAGUUGCUGCCUGCCACCACCGGGGGCUCCAGGGAGGGCCUGGCCCAGAGCACGGGCAGUAGGUGGGUGGGGACGCGCCCCAAAGAGCGCACCCUCGGGCCGCCGCAGCUGCAUGACGCCCGCGCUCUGAGCGCUGUGUCCAGCAUGGAGCCGGGAGCGGCGCGCGGAAGUCCUCGGGGCCCUGUACUGCUUUGAGGAAGCGGGGCUCGUCCCGCCAGCGAGAGUGCGGGGCGGACGCAGGGGUCCUCCGGAGAGGGCCGGUGGUCUUGGCAGAUGCUCUAGUGCUUUGUCGACAGCUUUGCGCUCCCCUUCUGCCUCCACCCUCACCGCGCGCUCCUACCACCUGGUCCCCUUCAGGCCGGGAUCUUGUUUCUGAGGUCCCUUCUCCGACGGCUGCUCGCCUGACGAGUUGCCCGCACUCACCUGCCCUGUGCGCUCAUCUGCUCUCUCUCUUCCCUGCGGGUGUGUGACUGCCGUCCCCGUGACCAGCUGCCCUGCCCUGUCCCCCCUCUGCUGCCCCUGCGGGAGCCACACAUGCUUGCCGCUGCCCGUGCACUCAGCAACACGGCCAGGCCCGCACACCGAAUUCCAGGGCGCAUUGUAUGUCAGAAGGAAAGAAAGGUUUUUCUCAUUUUGAAAUACAACAGAACAGCCCCGGAUGCUGUUCCAAGCUCAAGGUGUUGUACCCUUCCGGUGGACCUGCCGUCAGCGCGACAGAGCUUCCUGGUUGAGAAAGAGUAAAAACAAAAGGUCACCUGUUCGCCAGCCCUUUCCUCUACCCCUGUAUUUUCUCUCCUUCCCCUCCCCAAUAAAAACAGAAAACACUAGAA